UCGAGUACCGCCACGUAUGCACGUGAGCGGGUGUGCUCGUCUUCCCGGUGAGCUCUCGGUUUCUCACUGUCCGCUUACGACUUUCAACUUGCGACGCGCCCCGUUCCUUCUCUUUCCUUUCUUUUCCCCUCAGUUUCACCGAGGGCUCCCUUGAAUAAACACCUUGUAGAGCGUACUUGAAAUUAUUAACUAAAAUAUUCCGGCCUUCCGACCGAAAAGUAUUUUUUUUUUAUUUUACUCAAACCUUUCGAAAGCCCGAAACGAACGAGCCACGCUUGCGCAGCGUUUCCCCCUUAGCGAAGACGGGGGGACACCAGGCCAAUCAGAAACACCGAUGUAAACAGAGAGUAGAGUUUUAAACGGAAAAAGAGUCGGUGGCUCGCGAGACACUCGCAAUCGAGAAACUUCGUCUCAUUCUUUCCCAUUCCUCCUCUCUCUCUCGCUCUCUAACUCUUUCUAGCUCUUUUCCUCCCACCUUCCGAUCUCCUCUUUCUUUAUCUAUCCCCGUCGCUCUUACUCUCGUGACGAAAGGACGUUCGAGAUAAUCCGAGCGAGCUGUUUCUUCGAGGGGAAAGUCUGACUUUGAUACACCAGUUUUCAAUUGUCGCUGGUCGCGGAGUACACCGAGUUGUCUCCGCGUUGUGUACCGAUAACGCGAACGACUUGGGAUUGUUAUUGCUUCCGUGACCGUACGAUUCUCUCAUAAGCUGCGUAAUUCUUCACUAGGUGUUUCGUGGCGCGGUAACGGGAUCGGUUAUCGUGGAAGGUGAAGUGACUCGCGAAGAUAUAGUUUGGCCGGUGUUUUAACGAAGAAAAGAUCUCAGGUAAAGGAGAAGCAAGAAAGGGAAGGGAGGACAGGCUCCUGAAGCAGAGGGCGAAGGCGAAGAUGCUCGACUUCGAACAACAGGCAAAUCAGGCACAGGCCCUGGCUUCGCUCGACGAGGACUGGCACCUGCUCGAGGACGCUAAGAUGAGAUUGGAAGAAGACCUCGUGAUUCGUAGGAGCAGACCAACGAUGAUUUCCGCAAAGUAUCGCGCUAGGGAGGAACGUCGGCGUUUACUUAAAAUCUCGGCCGGGAAAUUGAGAAGGAUCGAGGACCCGGAAGCUAGCCUGUGCAGAUCGGUACUCAUAAACAACGCUGUCAGGCGGCUACAACGCGAGAACCGGGAUGAAAAGACGAGAAACUACGGACUACCGGUGGUCACGUAUCUGAACGACUCCACCAAAGAGAACAACGUUUCCAGUAACCUUAUUGUAGGAGUAACGGAUGACGAGACGUCUUCCCGGAAGAGAUUAAACGAUGAUACCAGAAGCGAAGGAAUCGCUCCCAAGAGGCAGAGGCACGACGAUCUGGACCUUCAAGAUGAUGUGUUUAGUGAUUUCUACAUCGUACCGCCGACCCCACGGCUGCUCUCUCAAAUAGACGAGGUCCAGGAUUCCGAUUCUACGCAUCAUCAUCAUCAUCUGGUGUAUCCCGAAGAUCGUUUGGGUUCCAUGGACGUUCGGUCGGCGAGCAUGAUCAGCACUAGCACCGCUCAUCCUACUACCAAUAACACUAACACCUCCGCGAACAGUUGUUGCAAUUCGGUAAUGUUUCCCGCUGAUCUGGUCGAUCCUAGUAGUCCAUUAAUCGGCGUCACCAGAUCGAGCGACGUGAGCAUGAUGGAAGCAUCGGACGUUGUCGAUCCCGAUAGAAUUUGCGAUUUUGCGAGAUUCGCGGACUCCGCGAAGAGCCUCGAGGAACGCCUAGUCGAGCUGCAGUCGUUAGACGAACACUUCGAUUUGGCAAAAUUCGAGAGGAACAAUAAUCAGAGUUGCGGCAGAGCGUUCCACGACAUCCAAACCUUCCACAGUUUGGUCCCUGGGUUAGAAACCUAGAAGGGUGCCCCGUGCCUCGAGCA